GAAAUGUCGAUAAGAUAAGCGGGAAUAAAAACAAACAAUGGUUAACAAGUUAAAUUAGUUUAAUUCAACUAGUCAUCGACUAAAUAGCAUUUCAGUUUGCAAAUGUCUAGCGUCGUACAAACAUUUGCCCUUCGGAUUUUAUUCUAUUAAUAUUUUUCUAAUUUUCUAUACAUAUAUGAGGAGAAUUACAAAAUCAUAAUGCUUGAGACUAAAAAAGAUGUCGAAAAAUUGAAAAAAUGGCUAAAGAAAUGUCUAAGUCCCACAGAAGAUCCACCAGAUACCGCAAUUGUACGACUUAUCGUUAUGAAAACACAUGAAAUCAAAGGUGCCAAAGCAAUUUGGAAUAAUUCCAAAACAAUCGAUCUUACAUUCGGCAAUCGGUUUUCAAUGUGGAAAUUUUGUGUUCUAAUGCACAAAAUACUCCACGAUGGACACAGUCAAGUAUUAAGCGAUGGUUUACUGUUUCAAGAACAAUUAAUUAAAUAUGCCAAUUAUUGGCGAGCUCAGAGCAGCGAUUACGCUAUGUCAGAGUGCAUUGUACGAUAUUGUCAAGUGCUGAAUCGCAAAAUUUCAUUUCACAAUACGUACCCCAUGUUCAAAGGAAGUUUUCGAUUGAAUGAUGACAGCUGUUUGGAUGUUAAUUCAAGCUUUGCACUUUGUUUGGAUAUUUGCGAUUAUCUAGAGGAUUUGCUACAAUUACAGCGUGCCGUAUUCCAAAAUCUGGCUAUGCAUAACAUCUCUGCGGAUUCUAAAAAAGGCUCCUGUCGCUUGUUGCCACUUGUCACCAUUAUCGAUGAAUGUGGCAUACUUUAUGAGCAUUGUGUGACUGUUUUGCAAUCAUUGCAUUAUCAAAUGCCCACUGAAGAUAUCUCCGGUUUGGCGGAUCGCUUCAGCAGUGUUAUAUUCCAUGAAUUGCUGUACUUCUUUGAGUAUGUGCGCUCUAAUAAUUUGACACCGAAUUCUGUGGAGAUACCAACAUUACCGAUGGCUGUUCCAAUUCAAGUGAAUCGAGUCGUAGCAGACUUAAGGCAUUUCCCUGAACCAAGUGCGCCCUCGAUAAUGGAUUUUAUGUUAAGUUCUUGAUGAAUAUGUAUAAACAAAAUAAAGUUAAUGAAAACAAAAAAUGCUGGACUGAGAAGAUAAUGGUCUUAGAUUUUCGUCAGUCGAACCCAAUGAUGUACUGAAGGCAAUAAAGCUAAUUGUAUAAUA